AUGCAACCAACAAUUGCAUUGAUUUUUUCACUGGCCCUUAUUAGUUGUGUCUGUUGCAUAACCAUCGAUGCUGUAUAUAGUGAGACGGUGGGGCCAUAUAACAGCACUAAUUUAGCAAAAUAUGUUAAUGCGACUAAUAACAAAACAGUAAUAGUGGGCUGUGGGAUCCUGGCAAAAGGGGUACCACGUAGGUUACUCGAAGAGUACGAGGACGCCAACGUGACUCUAUUCAGGGGAAGAGACCGAGAUUUCUUCGAACUUAAUUAUACUGGUAUCGAAGAGCUGGCUGCUUUGCUUGUGGACCAAGACUCGGAACACGAGGAUGACGAUUUAGUCAGAAGAGCAGACAGCGUUGACGCCAUGGUUACCAAGAUAGUUGAUCGAUUGGCCUCGAUGUACAAGGUCAGCAGUCCACCAACCGAGAUUUUUAAAAGAGCCCCUUGUCAUGGAGGUUACUGGCGUUGUUUCACAGAUUCAGUUCGCCAUAUAAUACAUACAAUAUAUAACUCGCUAAGAUCUAACUUGAAAGAACAUACAUUGACACCGGGGAUGUCAUUGGUGGGUGACUUGUCAAGGUGGAUAUCGCAGGUCAAAAGUUCGGGUAGUAGCGUAAAGGCCAGGCCUAAGAAGAAUAUGUGCAAUGGAGGCUAUGAAUGGCUAAAAUAUAAGGAUUCAGUCGGAACAGAGUAUACUUAUUGGGUAGGGUAUGCUCCCUGGACGACAUAUGCCAAUUGUGACACUGAUUCCCCGGAGAGUAUAGUCCAGUUCGUAAGGGAAGCCAGUCUCAAGGAAGUCAGCCAAAGAGAAGGAACCGCUUGGUGUUUUUCGGUACAAAACGGUGAGACCUGGCACAUAGAUAUUCGAAUUGUUAAUUGGGAGGAGACGAAGUUUUGCGUUCGAAACGGCUGGGGUAUCCCAUGUGCAGGAGGUGAUUAUGUCCCCAACUUGGAUACGCAUGACUAA